AUGCAUCUGGAGUGUUUCGAGGGCAAGUCUAUUUCAAACAAAUUCUCUUUCUUUUACCUUUGUAUCCAAACUGGGGUAUCCAGAGGAAAGAAAAAAACACUUCUUUCAACUUCCCAUUUUUUUAAUUGAAAAACAAUAAUAUACCAACAUCAACCAAGUGUUCCGGCAAAUGAAAAACUCACUCUUAUUGAUAUGGAACGAAUAUUUUGGGUCCUGUUUUCUCCGUCAACUUCUCUUUUUUUCCAAAUAUGAAAAACAAUUAAUUUCGAAGUUUAUAUUGUCAGCAAGACUUGCAACGAAUAAUUUUAACCAACUCUUUUCAUUUUUUUAUAUAAAUGCUGGAGCGAAGUGAAAAAAAUUGUUAAAAAAAUUUUUUUUUCCGAACUUGGUGAAAAAAAGAAACUGAUAAAUUCGAAAAAAACUUUCAUGACUCACCUUCAGAAUUCAAUUUAUGAAAUAAUCAAAUAAAAACUGACGAUGGGAUUCUACCAGGCGUAAACUUUAAAUUGCCUUGAAAGACUUUUGAUGGAACGGAUUGCUUUAUUAGAUUGUGGAAAAUGGAACCAAAACGUUUUUUUUUUGUUCCAUACAAAUUUUGAUGUGCAAUAAAAGCUUUGAAACGAUCAAGCUUGUAUAAAAAGACAGCCUGUUCUCGAAAAAAACCUCAUUCUGUCGCCUUCAGCUCUACGUAGCGUACGAUUUUUAAAAUAUUUUAUUAAUAAAAACUCUAGGAAAAUAUUUGUUAGAUUUUGAAUGUGAACUAGCUUUACAAUUAGAAUCGGCUUUAAAAUCCUAAAUAUUUAAUUUUCCUGUCAGAUGAAUCGUUUCGCGAUUUUCGCCGUCUUUCUCGCCUUCCUUUCCUCCACUUCGGCCGCAAAAGCUGGAAUCUUCGUUGAAGUAAGCUGAAUUAGAAUCUCUGGAUAUUUAGAGAAAAACUUGAAGAGAGGCCGAACAGUUGAGCUUCCGCUAGGAGCAGGCUUGGAUGUAUAUGAACGGUUCGUCUCUGCUGGCAAGCAAUUCUACAUCAACUGCAACAUCCGUCGUACAUCGGCAUGUGGCCGAUGGAUCAACGAAGUUUGAAAAUAACAUAUAUUAAUCAUUUUUAAACGAUAAUGUGACGUUGAAAAAAAGAGGUUUCAUACAGUCUGUGCCACGACUUGAAAUUUCACGGGACGACAUUCCGCUUUUCCGCUGCGUGCAUUCGCGAAGCGUCUUUCGAAUCAAGGUCACGCUUUCAAUUGAUUGUUAUUGCUGUGAGAGCACAUGAAAGCAGAGUAUCUUGAUGAAAGAAAAAAAAAUUGAGAGCGCGACCAAGGUUUACAAAGGCGCUCAGCGGCACAACGGAAUGUCGUUCCGUGAAAUUUCAAGUCGUGGCACACAGACUAUACCAAAGUAUCUCACCUGAUAAACUUACUUUCUUUCAUUGAAAACCUUCAGGAUGGUAGUGACUCGAGAGCAACAACGACGACAGUCUCCAGCGAAGGCCUUGUUCUGCAAUCAUUCACAGAAUCUGACGUCGGACAGUACAAGAUGGGCAACAAUGGAGAUGUCCUUUCCGCGCAAUUUUCGCAAUGA